GCUACGCCUGCCGGCUGGGGUCGGUCGAGGUCUGCGCCUGCGCGGGCGCUGGCUCGCGUACUAGCUGGCUCGCCCGCCGACCUGCGGGCGGGCGGCUACCGGGCGUGGAGCUGGGACGCCCGCGGCCCUGGGAAAUCCAGUAUUCAAAAUUGACUCCAGGAGAGAGAACCUAACAGAUCAGUAACAAUGGAAGAAAUUGGGAAAAUUAUCAAAAAGCUACCAUCCCCCAAAACACCAGGCCCAGAUGGUAUUACAGACAAAAAAUAGUUACAGAAUGAUGGAAUGAAAAAGCCCCUUCGUAGUAGCAUCUGAAAAGAUAGAUACACUGGUGAGAAUGCCCAUCGCAAAAGCAAAGACAACAACAAAAAAGCAGAAUAAGUAGGAGACAGGAUAACUUACAUAGUACGUCUGUUUACUAGAAUACUGUGCCGCUAUUCAAAAGACCGAGUAGUAGUAAGCCACAUUCUGAUAUGUCAUACUGCUUCCAGCCCUCUGUCAAAGGUGAGGUGUCUUCAAAGGAACUCAAAGUUUUGGACCCAGAGGUGGUGUGGCUCACGUGGUCAUGGGUGUGGACAAUGAAAGGCUGAGCCCUGCUGCUGUCAUUAACGUUCCAUGGAUACAACCAGCAUCUUUCAGUUUAAAAAAAGUUCUUCAUGAAGAAGAAAGAUCUUAAGCAACAUGAUGGAUUCAGAAGCUCAUGAAAAGAGGCCAUCAAUUCUGACAUCUUCAAAACAAGAUCUCUCGCCUCACAUUGCAAACGUUGGUCAAAUGAAGCAUUACUUGUGUGGCUGCUGUGCAGCUUUCAACAACAUAGUGAUCACAUUUCCCAUUCAGAAGGUCCUUUUUCGGCAACAGCUAUAUGGAAUCAAAACCCGGGACGCAAUACUUCAGUUACGGAGGGAUGGAUUUCGAAACUUGUAUCGAGGAAUCCUGCCCCCGUUGAUGCAGAAGACCACUACACUGGCACUUAUGUUUGGUCUGUAUGAGGAUUUAUCUUACCUUCUCCGUAAACAUAUCAGUACUCCAGAGUUUGCAACUUGCAGCAUGGCAGCAGUACUUGCAGGGACAACAGAAGCAAUUUUCACUCCAUUGGAAAGAGUUCAAACAUUGCUUCAAGACCACAAGCAUCAUGACAAAUUUACAAACACUUACCAGGCUUUCAAGGCGCUGAAAUGUCAUGGAAUUAGAGAGUAUUAUCGAGGCUUGGUGCCCAUUCUUCUCCGUAAUGGAUCCAGCAAUGCCCUUUUUUUUGGCCUUCGAGGCCCCGUUAAAGAGUAUUUGCCUACUGCAACAUCUCACAGUGCUCAUUUGGUCAAUGAUUUUAUCUGUGGAGGCCUAUUGGGUGCCAUGUUGGGAUUCUUGUUUUUUCCGAUUAAUGUUGUAAAAACCCGCAUGCAGUCUCAGAUUGGUGGGGAAUUUCAGUCUUUCCCUAGGGUUUUCAAAAAAAUCUGGGUAGAACGGGAUAGGAAAUUGACAAAUCUUUUCAGAGGUGCCCAUCUGAAUUACCAUCGGUCACUCAUCUCUUGGGGCAUAAUCAAUGCGACUUAUGAGUUCUUAUUAAAGGUUAUAUGAAAGAAAUCAUCAGUUAAGUGCCAUUUAUCAGCUGACUAGGCCUUCUAAGAAGAAUUCAAUUUGGUCUGGUUCCCAGUUGGCCAAAUAACAAGUUGGUGUCAGAAGUCCAGGGCACCAUGAAUUAUGGGCAAAGUGGUUUUCCUUAAAAACCAACAAUAACAGAAUAAAAGGUUUCAAUAGGAAAUUUAAAGGAUUUUUUUUUCUAUCAUUACCUGAGAGCUUUAGGCUAAUGGUUUGAUUAAUAGCUGUCUAUCUGAUGGCCCUUGGCAGGGAAUGUAAUAGCCAAGAUACGAUUUUUUUCUUUUCCAAAACAGUCUUUAACCCUCUGUAUUAAAACGUAUAAGUGGCCAUGACUAGCCAGAGAAAGGCUUUUGUAGCCCAGUGAUUUCUUAGGCUUCUUUUUGUUACUCCUUUAUUUGCUUCUCUGCUCUUUUGAGGAAUUGCAGGGGAUAGUCUUGGGUAAACUUGAGCACAUACGUGGGGAGGAGAAAGGAGCAGAACAGAGAAGAAAAACAGUGUAUUAGGUAUAGGCUUUUCAUGAUAAAUUGCUUGUAUUAGCUUCGAAACUCAGCACCUCUUGAGGUACUCAUUAUCCAAACUAUUUCUGUUUAGACUUGAUAGAAUCAGGCAGCUAAUUAAAGUUCCCGUUUCGCUUUCUAGGUUUGAAAGUUUUCUUUUUAAUUCUGGGUGUGACCUGAAAGCCUUCUGUAAUAUUAUGUUGACUUCACUUAUUUCAUCGCCAAAAGAUGAGGAAGUUGAAGUGUUGGUACAGGAGUUUCCUCCUGUCAAGAAGCUCCAUAUUCCCUGCAUGUAGAUGGGACUCUGUUUAUCUUUGUUUCUCUGAGUUAUUGCUGCCAGUUUAGCACAGGGCUUUGGGUUCUUGUUUUUGUUUUUUCCACUGAUAAUUUUGGGCUUUUUUGUUUUUUUUUUAAUUUGUAUUCAGGUAUCUUGUUCUCUUGAAACUCUCCUUAAAAAGAAAACCUACUUCUGUAACAUUUUGUUUUAGAAGUCUUAAUGAGAAGGUUCCACCCCCCUCCCCCCCCCAUUUCUGAAUGUUACAGAAAAACCAAAAC